AUGAGCGGCGAAAUCACCCACGAAACCAUCAAAGAUGGAUGGUUCCGCGAGAUCUCGGACAUGUGGCCGGGCCAGGCCAUGACCCUCAAGGUUGAAAAGGUCUUGCACCACGAGAAGAGCAAAUACCAGGACGUGCUCAUCUUCCAGUCGACCGACUACGGCAGGGUCUUGGUCCUGGACAACGUGAUCCAGUGCACGGAGCGCGAUGAGUUCGCGUACCAGGAGAUGAUCACCCACCUCGCCAUGAACUCGCACCCCAACCCCAAGAAGGUGCUCGUCAUCGGCGGUGGUGACGGUGGUGUGCUCCGCGAGGUCGUCAAGCACGACUGCGUCGAGGAGGCCAUCCUCUGCGACAUUGACGAGGCUGUCAUCCGCCUGUCCAAGGAGUACCUCCCCAACAUGGCGGCCGGCUUCAACCACCCCAAGGUCAAGGUCCACGUUGGCGAUGGCUUCAAGUUCCUUGCCGACUACGAGAACACCUUUGACGUCAUCAUCACCGACUCGUCCGACCCCGAGGGUCCCGCCGAGAGCCUCUUCCAGAAGCCCUACUUCCAGCUUCUCUUCAAUGCCCUCACCGAGGGUGGUGUUAUCACCACGCAAGGUUCCGAGAACCAAUGGCUUCACCUGCCCCUGAUCACCAAGCUCCGCAAGGACUGCAAGGAGAUCUUCCCAGUGGCCGAGUAUGCCUACACGACGAUCCCGACCUACCCUUCGGGACAGAUUGGCUUCAUGGUCUGCAGCAAGGACCCCAAGGCCAACCUCAAGGUGCCGCUGAGGUCGUGGACCCAGGAAGAGGAGUUCGAGAAGUGCCGCUACUACAGCGCAGACAUCCACAAGGCCAGCUUCGUGCUGCCCAACUUUGCCCGCAAGGCUCUUCAGGAUUAA